AUGAGAAAGCCUGAUAGAUUCAAUGAGGUAGUGGAGGAUGUAAAGAAAAUGGGUUUCAACCCUUCGAAAUUCCAGUUUGUUGUGGCUGUCGAAGCGUUGAUUUCAUUGAGCAAAUUGACAUGGAAAAGGAAGAUGGAGGUUUAUGAGAGGUGGGGUUGGUCCGAGGAAGAAACAGUGUCAGCUUUUGUAAGAUGUCCGGCUUGUAUGAAGAAAUCCGAGGAGAAUAUAAUGGCAAAGCUGAAUUUUUAUGUCAACACAAUGGGUUGGGAGUCUUCCCCAAUCGCCCAUGUUCCAGAAUUGAUGUUACUGAGCUUGGAUAAGAGGAUUAUUCCUAGGUGUUUGGUAUUUCAAAUUUUGUUGUCGAAAGGUUUGAUUAAGAAACUCGUUAGUGCAGGGAAAUUGUUGAGGUCCAAAGAGAGUUUGUUCUUGGAGAAGAUUGUGAACUGUUACGAGGAAGCUCCUCAGUUGAAAUUAUAUCAAGAAAAAUUGGACCUUUCAAAAUGA